GGACAGAUCAUUCAAAUGCUUAUCUCUCUAAUUCUAUACCCAACUCAGUUUCCAAUUCCUUCUUGUUUUCAGACUCUGUUACAGCAAUGGCCAACCAUGCAGCCACGGCUUCGUCGAGGAUCACCUCUAGCCCAAGGCUUCAUUCCAAGACCACCAACAUCAAUCCCUCUUCAUGCUUCUCUAAGAGAAUCAACUUCACUGAAUUUUCUGGUCUUCGGUCCAAUGCUUGUCUCACUUAUGAAUCAAAUGCAAGAGCAGCAUCUUUCUCCGACACUCUUUCUUUUCAGCUAGCUUCCAAUAAUGUAGGAGGUAGACAUAUAAGAGGAGAGACAGUUGCUAAGUUGAAGGUGGCAAUUAAUGGAUUCGGGCGCAUUGGUAGGAACUUUCUACGAUGCUGGCAUGGCCGAAAGGAUUCCCCACUGGAUGUCAUUGUUGUCAAUGAUAGUGGUGGUGUGAAGAAUGCUUCACACCUCCUAAAAUAUGAUUCAACACUUGGAACUUUCAAGGCUGAUGUGAAGAUUGUAGACAAUGAGACGAUCAGUGUCGAUGGUAAGGCAAUCAAAGUUGUAUCAAGCAGAGACCCUUUGCAGUUACCAUGGGCUGAACUUGGAAUAGACAUUGUCAUUGAGGGAACCGGAGUUUUCGUAGAUGGUCCCGGUGCGGGGAAGCACAUACAAGCUGGUGCUAAGAAGGUUAUAAUCACAGCUCCGGGGAAAGGAGCUGAUAUUCCUACUUAUGUUGUGGGUGUGAAUGAAGGAGGCUACUCCCAUGAUGUAGCGAAUAUUAUUAGUAAUGCAUCUUGCACUACAAACUGCUUGGCUCCCUUUGUGAAAGUCCUGGAUGAAGAAUUUAGGAUUGUGAAGGGAACAAUGACAACUACUCAUUCAUACACAGGAGAUCAGAGACUGUUAGAUGCAUCUCACCGAGACUUGAGGCGGGCGAGAGCAGCAGCUUUAAAUAUUGUUCCGACAAGCACAGGUGCAGCUAAGGCGGUGUCACUUGUAUUGCCAAAUCUCAAGGGGAAGUUAAAUGGAAUUGCGCUUAGAGUGCCUACUCCAAAUGUUUCGGUUGUAGACCUUGUGGUGAAUGUUGAGAAGAAGGGUAUUAGUGCUGAAGAUGUCAAUGGUGCGUUUAGAAAGGCGGCCGAAGGACCAUUGAAGGGAAUUCUGGAAGUGUGUGACAUUCCUUUGGUUUCACUUGAUUUCCUGUGCACUGAUGUAUCAUCCACCAUCGAUUCUUCGCUUACAAUGGUCAUGGGCGAUGACAUGGUGAAGGUGGUUGCUUGGUAUGACAAUGAAUGGGGUUACAGCCAACGAGUUGUUGAUUUAGCGCAUUUGGUGGCGAGCAAGUGGCCGGGAACGCCAGUGCAAGCAAGCGGAGAUCCUCUUGAAGAUUUCUGUGAGACGAAUCCUGAGACUGAAGAAUGCAAAGUGUAUGAAGCAUGAUUUUGCUCUGUUAAGGCAAAAUAUUGGUUGUGUAUUUAGACAGUUAACUUUGUUGCUGAUGGACUGAAGAAUUCAAAGACUCUGAUUUGGUCAACGGAGAAAAUUUAUUAUUAUUUUUUUAA